AUAAGACGCUUUACGGCGGCAGUGACGUAGGCCGCGCGAGUGUUCCUGCCGCGAAACGUGUGAAGUGUUUUGAGUCUGUUGCUAGAUCGGCUGCUGCUCUUCAAGUGCAGAAACCUGUUAAUGUUGGUCUCAGCCUGAUUUAAAACCCAUCCUACUGGCUGAUGCAGAUCUGCUACUAUUGAUGGAUAACGGUGAACCACAGACCUCCGACUGUGACGCAAGAUGGUUGCAGCAAUUUUCAGAACUUCCUCCCAAGCUGCUGCAGCGCCUCAUGCCUUUUCAGAGGGAGGGAGUGGAGUUUGCUUUGUCUAAAAGCGGACGAUGUAUGAUCGCUGAUGAGAUGGGCCUUGGGAAGACAGUGCAGGCCAUCGCGGUGGCAUGUGCUUACAAACAGGACUGGCCGCUCCUGGUUGUGGUGCCCUCCUCUCUCAAAUAUCCCUGGAUCGAGGAGCUGGAGAGGUGGAUCCCAGAGCUGCAGCCUACAGACAUCAAUUUAGUGGAGAACAAGAGCCACACCAUGUAGGUCAUCCAAACACUUCCACUUCUGCA